AUGUAUCGUUCAAAUUUGAAAUUUAUGAAUUUAGCUGGAAUUGUGAAGAGUGAGGAUAUUAAAAGGUACGGUAUGGAUGCAGUUCUUGCUCCUAUUGUACAAAAUAUUCAAUCUUUAGCAAACGGAGUAGAGUUGGAAAAUGGGGAAAUUAUACGUGGAAAUUUGUUUGUUGUCUGUGGAGACAAUCUUGGUCAGCACAAACUGUGUGGAUUUAAGGAGGGUUUUACUGCAGCACAUCCUUGCAUGGUCUGUGAACCCAGAGUUUACAAAAAUUAUUUGCGUCAAGUAAAUGAAAUUGAAAACGCUGUUGGCGAGGAAAGGAUACGACUUUCAAAAUUAUACGGUAUAAAUCGAGAUACCAUUCUAAACCAGGUAGAGCACUUCAGUCCUGUUGUCAAUAUUCCACCUAAUACUAUGCACAAUUUUCUAGAAGGGGCAAUUCAAAAAAAUAUUCAAUGUUAUUUAAAAAAGAUAUGCUUUGCAGAUGGGAGAAUUACACCUGAAGAUCUUAACGGUAGAAUUCAAGAUUUCGAUUAUGGAUACACUGAGUUAUUAUUCAAACCAUCUUUAAUUAAAAAACAGCACCUUAUAAAGAAUUUUCAUCAAUCUGCAUCGCAAACAUUGCUUUUGGCAGUAAUUUUACCUCUCAUUUUGAGAGAUAUAGUAGAUGAUGAUUACGAGUGCUCUAGUAAUUACUCAAAAUUAUUGGAAAUAACCUCUAUUGUAAUGGGUCAUUCUAUAAGUGCAGGAAUGACAGAUUACCUUGCAAUAUGUGUUGCAGAGUAUCUGACAGAUUUUAAAAUGUUAUACGCCCCAAAUGUCAAUGAGAAUGUGAAAAAGGAAGCAAUGGAUAUUGACAAUGGCAUUGAUAAUGGUCAUGUAAUUAAAAAUCUUGAUGUAGAAAGUGAUUCUGAACACGAAGACGAGCAUUUGGAAUCGAAGAAAUUAACUCCGAAACAACAUUCAAUGGUUCAUUGUCCUCGACAUUUUAAAAUAUUUGGCUCAUUGGUACAAUUCUGGUGCAUGAGAGUAGAAGCAAAAUAUUCGGUAUUUAAAAACAAGGCAAAAUGUGUCCAUAAUGCCAAAAAUCUUGCUUUGACAUUAGCAAAUUGA